AUGAAAAACGGAAAAAGAUUCAGUUGGUCAGAAUAUUUUGGAGAUGCUGCUAAAGUAUAUCGAACUCAUAACGGAGCAGCAUUAUAUGACACUUCAAGUUCUAACAAUUAUUACAUUUUUGUUUGCAGCUUUGAAGAGUGCACAGAAAAAGGCGCAAUUUAUAUCGAAAGAACUAACGAAAUCUACACAUUACUUGAAGAUUCUGUAUUUAAUAGAUGCAAAUCCAAUGCAGGUGGAUCUCUCUUCUAUCUCUGCUCUAAAGGAAAUUUUGUUCAACAACGAAAUUGUUAUUCUGAAUCAAUAGCAUAUAAUUUCAUGGCAUUUUAUCAAUUGGUUAAACAAUCUUCUCCUACUAAUAAAAACUAUGCUUUUGAUAUUUCAGUUUCAAAAUGCGGAGAAAGUGAAUCAAAAGGAAGUAAUACAUUUCAAAUUGCAUGUAUGAUACUACAAGUUCUUACAAUUAUUACAUUUUUGUUUGCGAGUUUGAAGAAUGCACAUGAAAAGAUGCAAUUUAUAUCCAAAGAAGAAACGAAAUCUACACAUUACUUGAAGAUUCCGUAUUUAAUAUAUCUUUUUUAA